AUGAUGCACAAGGUGGUGGCCGACAUCAAUACACUAAUUGGUGCUUGCGCCCGUUCUGUGGCCAUGCAGCGUGCAGUGGACAUUGUUGCGGCCAUGCAAGAAGAUGGCGUGCGGCCAACGCUCGUGACAUACAAUAACCUGCUUCAUGUGUAUGAUCGGAUGUCAAUGCCCAGUAGGGCGCUCAAUGUGUUCCAGGACAUGCAAGACACUCUCGUUGAACCCGAUGUUAUUUCUUUUACAUCUCUCGUGCAUACACUUGGCAAAUCCACCCAGGUUGACCGAGCGCAUCGCGUGUUGUCCACAAUGCAAGCACGUCACGUUGAACCGAACGUGUUCACGUUUAGUGCCCUGAUCGCUGCUUAUGAGAAGCUUGGGGAUGCUAAAGUGGCAUGUGAGGUGUUGGCAAGGAUGACAAAAGAUGCAUUGGAGCCAGAUGUUGUUUGCUUCAAUGCCGCUGUGCGAGCGUGUGCACGGCGUGGCCGUGUUGAGGACGCCUUUGACAUUGUGCACAACAUGCGUGGUCGCGUGGUGGAGCCCAGCAUCGUCACCUACAAUGCUCUUUUCAGCGCGUAUGAAGCAGGGGGAAGCAUAGCCGAAGCAUUGCAAACAUUCGCCGCGAUACGCCAGCAGAUGAUCUGCCCAAAUGUGAUCACGUACAGCACUUUGAUCAACGCAUGUGAAAAGAUGUCGAGUGUGGAUGAGGCAUUGACGCUUUUCAGCAGUUUCCGGGCCCAUGGUUUGGAGCCAAACCUUGUUAUAUACACCGCCGCGGUCCGUGCGCAUGAGAAGAACAGACAACCCACCAAGGCUUUGAUGUGCUUUGAGGACAUGUGCCGUCGAAGCAUUCAGCCUGAUAUUGUUCUGUGCAACGCCCUCAUGAGUGCUUGCAGCAAACAUAUGAAGUGGCGCGGGGCUUUUCAGCUAUACUGCGAUAUGUCGCAGACAAUGUGCCCAGAUCGGUUUACAUUCAACGCGUUGAUCAGCAUGUGCAGCCGCAUGGCUAAGAUGACGUGGGCCUUGUCCUUGCUCCAAGAAAUGAUAGGAGCAAGAAUAACACCUGAUACGACAACUUAUGACGCACUUUGUACAGCAUGUGGGCAAAUCUCACAUCAUAUGCGUGUCGUCCAAUUAGUCGCAGAGACAGGUGUGAAUGGGCUUCGGCAUCUACUGCCGCUGAAGAUGGGCGGGGUCCAAAAUCGAUGGCUUAUGGGUGGCAGACACGAGUGGGAUGGUCCGAACGUGCGCGACGAGAUUAGAGCGACCGGGAAAGCGGUCGAAGUGCACCUGUGGUCCUUCAUGCUGGCAGUGAUUCACGCCUUGGUGUUUUGGUUCAAGACUCAUGCCAUAAACUCAUACCAUUCGAGUAGUGAACGUUGGGCCGCCAUGAUCUCUCACAUGCGGUCCUGCUUCUUCGUGCUUCCGUUGAUGAUUGAUGCAGCUUGGGGUGAGACGAACCAGGCACCAGCCAGGCUUUGUGCAGAGGGGGGAGACGCCAAGCCAACGAGGUCUAUACUUCUGUUCCAGUUGGCGGCCGCCCCACUCCGAUCCAAGAACAUAACGGCCCGAACGCAGGCUACGCAGGAUGCGCAUGGCGUGGAACACAAGGAGCUUCUUGCAGCAGAGCACACGGAAAGACGAGUUUCUUCCAAGGAAGCCUUGGUGCAAGAGUUUUCUGCGCGACUGGCUACAGCACUGGGAGUCACUGACAUCAUCAGCUUGUGUGUGCUCGCGCUGGUCUUCCUCCUUGCGCUCUAUUUCGUGUGGGGUGGUACUGUGAACAAGUUGGAAGAGAAUCCGUAUGGAGAGCUGAAGAACACUGGCAUGCGGGCCAGUCGAGAAGCCAAAGACAAGUUCAAUCAGUGGCAAGCGCGGCAGGAACAGGGCUCUCCAGUUGGUGCAUACAGCCCUUCACAGGCUUCCAGCGAGGCAUUUCCUACCUCUCCAGCCGAUGGAUCCCGCAGACAGCACAUGAGCUGCUGCUGA